CAGACUGUACAACCGCAGCCAAAAGUGGUAAUCACCACGGACCGACCCAAAGAAAAUGAUCCGAGUUUGCAAUCAACAUGGUCACACAGGGCAUGGGUGAUAGCAGGGUGCACAACUCUGAUCAUUUCAUUGGGAGAGUCAUUAAAGGGUGCAGUUGAUAUGCAUAUGUUGAUGGAGCCGAUUUUCGCAGGGUGGAUCGGUUACAUUCUAGCUGACCUUGGCUCCGGGGUGUACCAUUGGGGAAUUGACAACUAUGGUGAUGGUUCGACACCAUUUUUUGGAUCCCAAAUUGAGGCUUUCCAAGGUCACCAUAAGUGGCCAUGGACCAUCACUAGGCGCCAGUUUUCAAACAACUUGCAUGCCUUGGCACGUGCCAUUACAUUCUCAGUGCUUCCUAUAAACCUUCUUUGCCAUGAUCCAGUUGUUCAAUCUUUUGUUGGUGUGUUUGCUGGUUGCAUUAUGUUUAGCCAACAGUUUCAUGCGUGGGCGCAUGGGACGAAGAGCCGGCUUCCUGCAGCCGUCGUGGCCUUGCAGGAGGCCGGUGUGCUGGUGUCGCGGUCGCAGCACUCGGCUCACCACCGGCCACCGUAUAACAAUAAUUACUGCAUAGUGAGUGGACUGUGGAAUGAGUUUUUGGAUAAAAACAAGGUUUUUGAAGCCAUGGAGAUGGUGGUGUACUUUAAACUUGGAGUUAGACCUAGGUCUUGGAGUGAGCCUGAGUCUGAAUGGAUGGAGGAGAUUGACAUGGCUUCUUAAAUCGAAGCUCAAUAAUAUUCAUUCUUAUUAUAACUGCAUUUGUGGUCCGUGAGACUUCUUUAUUGUUGUCAUGAGUUAAGGUGGAAGAGUAGUAUAAUAAUUCUUCUAUUUUCGUUUUUCUGUUAAUAGUUAAUACGAUUUAUUAUUGCACGUUGUUGAGAGAGCUUGUGCCUCUUAUGUAUCCUCACUUAUUAUAUAAACAUUGUUGAUUGCAAAGAUUAGCCUUCAGAUAGUUGAAAUAAGCAAUGCUUAUGUCAAUGAAAACAUGAGUAGAUUAUUAUAAAUCUAAUUUACCUUAUGAUGUUUGAGGAACUAUUUAUUUUUUCUUCUUCUUUUGCGUGUAAAGGUUUAUCAUCAUUUAAUAGAAAAGAUUGUUACA